GCGGGGGCCAUGGGGAACGCAGCCACUCCGCUCGGGCAGGGGACAGCGCGGAACACGAGCACGGGCACUGGUGGGACGCAGGUCCCUCGAGCAGGGACACCCUGGCGUGUGGCUGGAGCCACCUUAAGGUGUCAGUGUGGGGGAGGGACAGACGGGCUGCGGGGGAGGGCAGGGUCCUGGUCCGGUGCAGUUCCCAUGUUGCCGUUCCUGUCCCGUUGCGACAUGGCCCUGCGGAGGGUGCUGGCGCUGGGGGCGGCCCUGGGGCGCCGCAGCUGCUGCUCCAAGCCCUCGCUGCCCGCUGACUUCGUGGAGGCGCUGAGGGCCGUGGUUGGGGCCCCCAAUGUCUCCACGGCCACAGCAGCGCGGGAGCAGCACGGCCACGAUGAGUCCAUGCACCCCUGUGCCCCCCCGGACGUCGUGGUGUGGCCCCAGGCGGUGGGGCAGGUGCAGGAGCUGGCAGCCCUCUGCCACCGCUGCCGGGUGCCCAUGGUGCCCUUUGGCACCGGUACCGGCCUGGAAGGAGGCGUCAAUGCCGUGCAGGGCGGCGUCUGCUUCGACCUGAGCCGCAUGGACGCCAUUGCGGAGCUGAGCCUCGAGGACUUCUCGGUGACAGUGGAGCCCGGAGUGACCCGCAAGGGCCUCAACAAGCACCUGCGUGGCACCGGGCUCUGGUUUCCUGUCAGGGUCAUGGGGCUGGGGGUGACAGCUCUGGAGGUGCUGGUGAUGAGGACACACUCAAGGAGCUGUGUACUGUGGUGUGUCCAUGGGUGUGGUGUGAUUCCAGAGCAGUAGCAGAGGAGCCUCUGGGACUGGGGGUGCCAUGGUUCCUGAGGUUUUGGAAGGGAUGGAUAGCCAGCACCUGGAAUGCUUGCGGCCGGGGGGCUACCAUCCUCUCUGCUGCCACACCAAAUCCGUAGCUCCCAUGGUGGCCAUGGCCCCUGGCACGGUGCUGUGAGGGACAUUCACCCCACAGCAGUUCAGGGCCCAUGUGCCCCCCCCUGCACUGCCACCCCUCAUUUCCCCCCAACCCUCUUAGGCCCAGCCCUUGUGUCCCAUUAACAUCCUGUGCACCUCCAGUCUCCAAAGGUUAGGAGAUCUUUUAGGAGGACAGGAUCUCCCCAGCCCUUCCACAGGGUCUCUCCCUCACCCUGGCAGGCACACACAGAUACCCAGGAGAUAAGGGGUGUUUCUAGGCAAAUCUUUAUACUGCUGAGGGACCUGGGGCCAAGUUUUGGGGGGGCUGCCACUUGGUAGCUCCGGGAACCAGCGGAAGCUUCCCCUAUGUUCAAAAGGCACCAAUUUCAGUUCGCGUUUCGGUUACAGCUGGUACUGUAGCACAACCCGAGACGUGAGAACGCACAGGUUAGCCCCUUCCUGCCCCAGCAGCUCCCCACCACCCCUUAUUCCCCUGGGGACCCCUCUCCCCAGCCUCCAGCACACAAAGGAACAGUACAACCCAUCUCUGUCGCACUGUCCCACCAUCACAGGGGAUGGCUUCCACACCAUUAGAAGCUCCUGGCCACCACCCUAGAGUCCUCCCAAGAGCAGAGCAGCCACAGCAUCACAAAGGGCAUCUCGUAUUGCA